AUGGAGAAAUAUAAGGAUGGUUCUGAUGCUGCACAAGUUCAGUCUGAAGAAUCUAACGAACAACAGAAGAUCAUAGAAAACGAAAGGUUCAAGAGUGCAGAGUUGGAGAUGAGGUUGAAAAGUGCGGAAGGCCUUUUGAACCAACAGAAGAAAAACUUUGAAUCUAUUACGACAGAGGUAUGUAAAAGGCAAAAUCAAUGUAAUUUUUUAUUUAUUUUUACUAGGGAAUUGUACCAAAUAUCCCUCGGCUUUUUGAACGAGACCUAUACAGGAUGAAAGAGCAUAAAAAGUUACCGGGAAAACUGUUUUCAAAAACUGCUAAAUAGGUUCGGCUAGCGAGAUAUUAGCGAUUAAAGGUUUUACAUAGGGUUUUCUAUUUGAUCCUUCUCAUUCGUCUUGAGCAAAACGAAUGGAUUGAAGCUUCAAUCCAGUGUGGUCGAGUGGUCAGCAAGUUAGUCUGGGGUGCAGAAGGGGGGAAGUACGGAUCCCGCCGGUUUCAUUUUGGCGCCCUGCCAUGCUGACAAUAAGUUUUGGCUAGCCAAACAAUAUUUUGGUUAAAAAAAAUAUUUUUUAAGUUGUGUUUUUUGCUUUUAGACACUUUUAGAAAAAAAAUAAUUAUCAAAAAAUAUCAUUUUUUGAACUUUAAAGCUAUACCCUUUAAACAUAUAAGGAUAUAGAGCAUACUGUAACUCGCUAGCCAAGUCCAUUUAGUAGUUUUUGAAAACAGUUUUCCCGGUAACUUUUUAUGCUCUUUCAUCUUGUAUAGGUCUCGUUCCAAAAGCCGAGGGAUAUUUGGUGCAAUUCCCUAGUUAGGUAUACUUUAUAUUUCUGUACUCCUUAUAUUUUAGUUGGAACAACAGCUUGAUCAAGUGAACCUGGCGUUUUCUGAAAGCCGAGACAAGCUCAGAGAAUCAGAAUCCCUAAUCCAAACUUUGAGAAAUGAGAAGGAAGAACUGGAGAAACAAAAGUCUGAACCUGUUAAUCUUCCAACAACUGAUGAACCUAACCAGCUACAAAGUCAGCGUAUCAACGAAUUGGAACACCUGAUUAGAAAUAUGGAAAACGAACAUUCUAAUGACAAAACUGUAGGUUUAAAUGGUUUUUUCCUUACAAUUGGUAAUACGAAAGUGUUUGUCCGCAGAUCCCACUUAGUGUUGUAGCCGUGAUGUCUGAAAUUUGAAAUUAAUUAUAAUGACAUUACUUUUACUAAAUUUAGAAGUUGGAUCAACUUGAAAAGAAAGGGUUGGAAAGCUACAUGCUAAUCAGAGAUCUUAGUGAACGUCUACGAGAAGAACAUGGCAUCGAAGUGGAAGGAACUGAUUCUGAUGAUGUUAACUACAAGAUCAGGAACCUGGUCUUUUCUUGUAAAGGUCUGAUCGUGACUUUGAAUGAAAAGAUCAGGUAUCAGGAGAACCAGUUCAUCGAGCUCCAGAACAAUAUGGUUGAUGUCAAACAGGUAUACUAUUAAAAUUAUCAAAUACUUUCACCAACUUUAAUAAUUGUAAGUAAUUGUAACUGUAAAAGCACUUUCUAAAUAUUGUGUUUAGAAAAUGGAGCAAAACUCAAACCAGCUACUGCAUUUGCACGAAGAGAAUCAGUACUUGAGAAGUCAGUUCAACAUCGCCCAAGAUUCUGUAGAAGAACUAACAGCUGCAAAGAAUAGCCUUCAAGACGAGCUGAAGAAGGCCAAAGACGACCUUAGGACGAUUAUCAGUGAGAGGAAGAACUUGGAAGAGAAUACUGUAGAAGCAGAGUUGUUCAAGUUACACGCUACUAGUAAGAUUGAAAAGAAACAGGCAGAACUUGAAGAACAAGUGGCUUUGCUGGAGAAGCAGAAGAGUGAUAUGGAACAGUAAGUCACGAAUCCUCUGUUCAUGGUUUAUUAUAUGUUAACUACUGUACUUAUGUAUAAAUUACAGAAACAAGAAGAUGAUGGACCAAUGGGUUGGCGAAAACGAAAUGUUGAAGAAGACGAUGAUCGGCCUCAACGAGACGAUCAGAGAUUUGCAGUCAGCGUACGUUGAAACUGACGGAAAGCUGAAGCUGGAACGGAUGGAGUACGAUAACAAGAUCAGGGAGUUGGAAAGGAAGUUGAAUGUAAGUAAAUACGUUUGUAUUAUAGUAUAACAUUUGGAAGUUCAUUUACAAAAACAUUUCAUUAUAAUCUUAAUUUAUAUUAUUUUUAUAGGUUAAUGAGGCAGAAGCAGCCAAGUACCGUGAAGCGAUGAAAGAAUUGGAAGAGAAGAACAGCCAGCUAGAGAACACUGUAGCCGACUUAAAAAUGGAAUUGGAAGAGUUCGAGAAGGGAAAUGCCAAUCCUCCACCCCCACCUGAGCCGACCGUCGAGAUCAAACAGCAGUACAAGAUGAUCGAGAGCGGGUUUGCUGUGCCUCCAGUAGUCAGACAGUUCAUCAUCAGUGCCAUCACUUGUGACGCCAACAAACGAGAGGAGAGCUCAUUGUUGUUGGCCAAUAUUAUAGGAUGCACUCAAGAGGUAAGUGACUAAAACAAUGUCCUGAAAGGCUCGUUCAGGAAAAGAACCAGAUCGAGGAAUGUUUCCAAAACCGUGGGCUCUGGGGCCUUCUCAGAGGGUCGUCGUCGAAGGGACCACAGAACAUAAAGGAGUUGUCCAGCAAAUUCAUCGAGUUUCUCGAGAAAGAAACCACUCAACCCAUGGGGGUAGCAAACGUGGACAACAGCGAGCCCAUCAGAAUCGACCACGAUAUUCAACCCGUAGCCACGUCUUCGAACUCUGACCUCAAGGCUAUUGUAAGCGAGAAGUGA